UACUCAGUAUGUCUUUUCUACCGGAUAUGGAAAAUGAGUUAAGGAAAAUAAUGCGACAGAACAAUUAAUUAAAUCAGUAUAUCGCCUUUAUUAUUUGUUGAUGCCUAAUCCGUUUAUAUUUAUCUCCUCUAAUUAAUUAAACAUAAUUUGCUCUUCGUGUCGGUCCGUUCUGAUGUGGCUGCUAAUUUUUUGUUGAUAGAUGCGAAAAAUAGACGCCUUCGUCAGCCACGCGUCGCCAAGCAGAGAUCAAGUGUAAUCGUAAACUAAGAAGGGGUAAAUGUGCACAAGAGUGUCAGCAGAGUACGAGGAGGGACUUGGUCGAGCAGAAGAGAGCCUUGAAGAGGAGAAUGAGCGACAACGUCAAACACUGGUCGCUGUUUUCAAGAAGCAAGAUGAAGCACACAAGGCAGACAUCAGGGAAGAUCGUCAACCUGAGCAGCGGGCAUUGAGCUCCAGGGCGAAACAGGUAGAACCUAAGCCCCCCUAUAUGAAAGACGAAGAGAAGGAUCUUGAGGCCCCAGGGAUUAAAGAGGAAGAGGAUGAACACAGCAUCACUCAGGAGGAAGAGCAGCUUCAAGGUGUGGAGGACGGUGCCAUCGCCAAGUUUCCAUUCACUGUUAUUCAUGUGAAGUGUGAAGAUGAUGUUGAUGAUGAUGAAGGCGAUGGAAACCACUGCGGAGGAUCCCAAGUAGGCCGCUUCGUUACGCUCUUAGAUUGUGAUGGCAGAAUAACAUCACACUCUGCUGUUCCUGAUGAUGAACAACACUCUAAAGGCGAUCUGACAUGUCGCAGUGACAAAACACACUUCACAUGUCCUCAGUGUAACAAAACUUUCACCAACAAGAGGAACCUCAGAAGACACAUGGUAAUUCAUACGGGAGAAAAACCUUUUAUGUGUUCCGUUUGUGGGAAACGAUUCUUUCAGAAGGGAUCUAUGAUAACACAUACAAGAAAACACACUGGAGAAAAACCUUUUUGCUGUUCGGUGUGCAACAAAUGUUUUAGUGAUUAUUCAACACUAGCGAAACACAUGAGAACACACACCGGUGAGAAACCCUUUUCGUGUUCAAUCUGCAGUAAAACAUUCUCUCAGAAGGUGGCAAUGCAAACACACGCAAGAACACAUACUGGAGAAAAAUCAUUUUUCUGCACCAUCUGCAGCACAAGUUUUAAUGUUCGUUCAACGUUGAUUCACCACAUGAGAACGCACACCGGUGAGAAACCUUUCACCUGCUCAGUGUGCGACAAAAGCUUUGGUCAUCCUGCAGGAUUGGCGAGGCACAUGAGAACGCACACUGGGGAGAAACCUUUCGCCUCAUAA